AUGGAGUGCAACAAGGAUGCGGCCCUUGUUGCAAAGGAGGCUGCGGAGAGGAAGUUUGAAACUAUGACUACCAUCUUCAAACAUGCUACUUCCAGGGCAAGGAAAAGGAAGCAGAAUGUAGGAUCAGAAACAUCCGUAGUGCACCAUAACGUCCAUAUGCCGUUCCAAGCAAACGAGGCACCAAUGCCGCAAACAGAGACUGUUCAUGUGGUACAAACUGAGAAUCAAGAUGGAAGCAGUGCUAGAAAUUUUCAGUGGAGUCCACUAUGUAUGGCAGGUGGAAAUAUUCUGGCUUCUAGCAACACUGGAGCCUCAGAGUUUCAACAUGUUAAUGGUGGGCGCGAUGGGAAACUGCAACCUCAUACCAACAUCAGCCUAAGCAAGUCCUUUCGUAAGGAUGAAAUGAGAAAACUUUUCAUUAAAAAAGCAAAGAGUGGUUUAACUGAGAAGCUGAGGAAGAUUAUAACUAACAAGAAUGAUUCUGGUACAAAAACAGAUGCUGAAAAAGAAGAGGAUCACCCAUCCACAUAUAUUGUUCCUGAUCCUCAUUUUCAUGAUUUUGAUAAGGAUCGUACCGAGGAAUCUUUUCAGAGUGGUCAAGUUUGGGCUUCGUAUGGUGACAAAGAUGGCAUGCCUCACUGUUAUGUGCUCAUUAAGAAACGUCUGUCCUUAUCACCAUUUAAGCUCGGAAUAAAUUUUCUCCACGGCGCAAGGACGAGCAAUGAAUUUGCGUCUUUCGAUUGGGUUUCUUCUGAUUUAAGAAAGACGUGUGGUGAUUUCAGGAUUGGCAUGUAUGAAACCAGCAGUGCAUUGAAUGCAUUCUCUCACCAGAUUACAUGGGAUAAAGGUCCUCGUGGGAUAAUCAGCAUUUAUCCACGGAAAGGCGACAUAUGGGCCGUGUACCAAAACUGGUCACCUGAUUGGAAUGGAAAUACUCCUGAUAAUGUGAUGCAAGUCUAUGAUCUGGUUGAGGUUCUGGAUAAUUAUGAUGCUGAGCACGGCAUUUCUGUUGCCGCAUUGAUCAAGGUUGCUGGAUUCAGAACGGUUUUUCGACGCUACCCGGAUGGGUAUGCCAUCAAGAGGAUUAUGAAAGAAGAGAUGCUUCGGUUUUCACACCAGGUUCCUUUUUACAGGAUGACCGAGGAAGAAGCUCCAGAUGUGCCCAUGGGUUGCUAUGAGAUAGACCCAGCUGCUCUUUCUAAAGAACUCCUUGAGGAGAUCACAGAGGCAGUGGAGGAGGGUAACGAGAUACCGGGGGAAGAAGCUAUUUAG